CGGUCACCCUGAUGCACUUGUUUUCGAUCAUGCAGCGCAGACAUGCGGUGGACGGGUGACUCGUGUCGACUGCUCGCCCUUUGUGGCAUAUUAAUACCUCUUUGUCUUGUUUAUAUUCUCAAAUUCAGUGUGCUAUCAGCCUUGUUAUUGUGCAUAAUAUUGGGAGUUUCGAUCUUGGUGCUGAAAAUUGCAGGCAAAGCCAACAAUGUCAAUGGAGUGCCGAGAAAUAUUCCACACGCAUCCGGGGUCAAAGGUCAUGCGGGGCCAACUGAUGGUGGACUUGUCAAAACUAGGGAGACAAUUUUUCCCGUCAGACCAACUCCGAGAACGAGUUCCUCUCUGAAAGAAACAGAAUUUCGGCAAAAAUCUGUGUACAGUGGAACCGAUUACGACAAAUCUGGUUGGGCAGCGCAGAGUAAACAUUUCCCUUUAUCCCCGAUUCUGUCAACUGAACUUGGGCCGCCACAGACACAGUAUUUUUCACAGACACGCUCCCCAAUGAUGACCGCAGCCAGUGGAUUUGUAUCGCCCGUUUACUCCAUGGCAAACAUGGAUUCGAAUUUAACCAGGAGCCCGUUGUCGACUGUGCGGUCGCCAGCUUGGAUUUCACCCGUCAAGUCGGUGAAAAAUAUAUUUCCGAACUCAUCACCACAACACAUGAAACCCCCCAGCAAAGUUCCCCUGCAAUCGGACCUCAGCAGUAAAGCAACAGUGUUCCCGUUGUCCAACCGCCACUUCCCGACGCACCAACCCGACUACACCCGGACAAACAUGGGCAUCCUGCCAGCAAGUUCCAUCUUCUUUGGAGACGGGGCGGCGGCCAAUUCGCUCAGUCCGUUAAGGAGAGGGGGUCGCGUGAGAACGCACAGUCCCGUCACGGUGAAGAUAGCGAGACCCGAUAAAAGACGGUCUGCUAGUCCUCUUUUCCAACGGUUGUCCCUGGAGCGCAGCAGUGGGAGCCCUCUCCAUAAAGAAACCAUCAUGGCUGCAUUGAAUGAGAAAAGGAAGAGGCUGGCUGUUGAUGACCAGGAUGAUAGCAGUAGCGUCGCGUCCUCUGCAGGGGGGCAAGCCACCUUUGCCAAACGCAGACGGCUAGACAAUGGUUCCCGAUGCAGCACCCCCAGCCUAGCCAGCUCUUCCAAUUACUCCACCUUGGUCAACGGUGACGCAGACAGCUCAGCGGACGAACAAGCUAGGAUCCGAUUCAAAACCGCCUGGAUGGGUGCUAGGGGCCUGGAGACUCGCACCCCACGCAACGCCAUCGACAGUUCCAUCAGUUCAAGCAGGAGAGCUGCAAUCGCUAUUCAUAUGAUGCGAAAGAGGAUGCUCCUUCAACCAGCCGAGCCAGAGAGCUCCCCUUCCAAGAAGUCUCUCUUGCCCAAUGACGACACCCAAUCGCCGAACGCCGACAAAACCCACCAGCCAAGCAACUCAUUUGCCACGACCGGCCCCAAAGUUGCAAACCAGAUCGGGGAGUCGGAUUCAGAGAGACAGGAGGCCACUUCCAAAGAUCGGAGCAGUUCGUCGGAGGACGGCACACCAACGAAGGCGGCAGGGAAGAACCUGGGAGCGUCCAGGCUAAAGACACCCAAAAUGAGAUCGCUGGGACAACAGAUGCUUCGAAAUUCUAGCCCUCCUGGGGAGUACACUGCAGCUGAUCUCGAGGAGGAUCGUCACCUGGCCAAGCAGAGAGUCAACUACAUCCUGGAAUCCCUCAAAGAUGGCGAGGAAGAAGCGAACAAGAAUCUGCCCAAAGACAAAGAGCCAUCGACCUCAGUGGGCUUUGUGGCGCCGCUGACACCGUUGGUCUCUGCCAAACCCGCAGUCAGUAGCUCAACUCUCACAUCAUCCAACUUACUCCAGCUGAGCAGGAUGAAAACCUUGCCUGUUUCGGCUGUCCAGACAGGCCAACUGCUGCUGCCCAGUGCCAAGACUGACUCUGGUGGUGCUGUCAAGGAUAACCAAGCACUGACCAAGCGCACCAGUGCCCCUGCAGCUAGUACCCAGCAGACGGAAGCUGCCACUCAGAAGGGUGUCACAUUUGGCAUUCCUCUGACACAAGGCUCAAGUGCUGCAAUGACACAGGCUACCCCGGCCACAGCAGCUAUGUCCUCAUCAGCUCUUGGAUUCACUGUUGUGGAUUCCUCAAAGUCGGGAGCUUCCAUGCCGUCAGUUGGACAAGUUCCUCAGAAGGAUCCUCUUUUGAAGGGAAUACUUGCUGGAUAUAAUCCAACCACAACAGCGACCUCAGUUGGAUUUGGACUUGAAGGAGCCACAACAAAUGUAACUCCUGGACUGAUGACCAUGGGGAAGCCAGGGGGCACAGACCAAGCAGGUCUGGGACAGGCCGCCCCAAAGCAAUCCCUUGGUGGACUGUUGAGCCAAGGAACUCCAAUUGGUGGGUUUUCGCUUGGCUCCAAUGCAGGGCAGCCCCAAGCAUCCCAGGGAGCUCUGGCACAAACUUCAACAGCCACAAGGUCACUGCAAGGCAGCACAACAAGCACCUCGCUGAUUCCUCAGUCUGGUGCUAGUGGUGGUAUGGGACUGAUGACUGCGCCUUCUAGCGCACCCCCUAUUGGAACAGGACUAGCUGCAAGUUCUGGAUUCCAGUUUGGCGCUCCAACAUCAGUCGCUGCAUCUUCUGCCCCAUCGGUUGCUGCACCCUCUGCACCAACUUUUGGCUCUGCCCUCCAAGGUGCCUCAACCGCCAGCACAGCACCCUCACCUUUUCAAUUUGGAGCACCGACACCAAUCACUCAGAGCAUUGCUGGGUUCCAGAUGCCCUCAAGUACUCCAGCAACCGUUUCCGCCUCUAGUACAAGUGGGAUACAAUUUGGCAACCCCACACUGAAAACGGAGGCCCAGUCCAGUACGCCGUUUAUGUUUGGAAGUGUAUCAUCCACAACAGCCAAAACAACAGCCCCAACAUUGUCAUUCGGUGGUGCAGCAAGCAGUUUAGGAGGGCAAACAGGCCUUACGUCUGCAGCAGCCGCUUCAGGAUUGUUUAACCCAACUACAGCAGCUUCCAGCAGUGUGUUCGGGAGUGCCACCACCACUGCUGCUGCCACCAAGCCUAGCUUCACACCAGCGUUUGGCCAGACUGUAUCGGCUGCGCCUGCCCAGCCCUCUGCUCCGGCCUUCAACUUCGGGGCCCAACCGCAGAGCUCCAGCACGACCUCGGGUGGCUUUCAAUUCCAGCCUGCAUUCGGUGCUCCACCCCAGACCCAACCUUCCCAGAGCCAGCAGCAAGCGAGCAUGCCAACGUUUCAGUUUGGCAGCGGUAUGACAAGCCAGCCAACUGCGACUGCUGCUGCUUCCUCAGGCGGCUUUGCAUUCAAUCCAGCUCCUGCCACCAGCAGCUCGUCAGUAUUUGGAGCAGGUGCAACUGCAGCUGCAACUGCAGCUGCGUCUCCAUUCCAAUCUGGCAUGUCAGGUGCAGCAGGUGGGAUAUUUGGACAACAGCCAGCCACCCAAGCACCAUCCUUUGGCGCAGCAACAGCACAGCCAACGAAUGCCUUUGGAGGUCCCACACCGGGACAGAGUGUAUUUGGAGGUCAACCGACAGCACCUGCACCAAGCACAGGAGGCUUUAACUUUGGUGCGCCCGCUGCAUCGCAGACCAAUUCUUCAACGUUUAGUUUUGGCCAAGCGGCAAGCCAGCCAAGCAGUGGUAGCAUGUAUCAGUUUGGCCAGCAGGCUGCUAGCGGUCAGCAGGUGAACCAGCCCAUGGGUGGGUUUACGACACCCAGCAAGCCACAGCCAUUUAACUUUGGUGCAGGUGCAACUGGUGGUUUUGGCACGCCUGCUCCGUCAGCCGCCCCAAGUUUUGGUGGGGUCACCCCAACCAACACCGGUAGCUUCACUCUAGGCAUGGGAUCCACAGCCAACCCAAAACGGGUGAGCAGGAUGACUCAACAGAGGCGGAACAGACGACGAUAAAUGGAGUUUAUUUUUUUGUACAGUGAGACAAUAAUCGCUCAAAAUUAUAACAGUGCUGAUAAAUAUUGCUUUAUACCAAAGGUCUCAGAGCGCUUCACAAUUGUUAUCCCUGUUCAUCAGGCCACGAGACCAUUUUGUGUGCAGCAGCUCGAGAUCAGCUCAAUCCGGUCUCUUAUCUUCGCAGGUACCCUUUAAUACUCCUGGAUGGAGACAGGCAAUUGACCUAUCGUCGUUUGCGAGUUAGCCACGCCCCUUAGACACCCUUAUGGAAUUUUGAUACGUUAAGUUUUGUUUGUCUCAGAUUUUGCGCGUUUCGCGCCCAUUUGUAUAUCAUGUAAUUGGACAAUAUUUCACAAGCUGCGCUGACACGAUUCUACCGCAAUAGGUUAAUUGUAGUAAAGUGUCUUGCCCAAGAUCACAAGCGCCAUAUUCCCAAGCAGUGUUUGAACUUCUCUGUAUCAUAAUAAACUGUAUCUGGGGUCAAUUGUAGAGUUAUGUCUUGUCACUAUUACCACAUGGCCUUCCCUCAACUUUUGAUAUAAUUAAGUGUUGCUAAUGUGUCCGAUGUGGCAAUUUGUAUACAGGGAAAAAGGUAGAAAUGUAUGUAUACUUUAUAUGUACCCAUGAAAAAUGUCAUGGCACUAAAAGUGUGAAAUGUCGUUUUAAGAGCCGCGACUCAGGAAUCCAAAAAACCCAGAUAGUGGGAUUGAAAAUUAUAUGUUGUGUAUUAUUUUUUGUUGCACUUGAUUUUGUGAAGACCGUCAGUUGAUGACUCGCAUUACCAUCGUGGAUAUUAUUAAAUGUUUAGUUCUUGAUUGUUUUGGGGGGUGUUUAUUUUGUGGGCUCUUUGUUAAUUGGUGUAAAACACUUUGUAAAAAGCCGAGAUUUGUGUACAUAUAUAAGACACUAAUCAUGAUAAACAGUUGACAUGAAGUAAGCCUCUGUGUUAAUGUCGUCACACUUUGUAAUGCCUGUGGGUUUUUGAACUAUGGGGCUACAAAGAAACUGUCGUCCCUCCCAUAAGAAAGCACGGUAAACAAAGUGUGACAGAGGCUUAUUGAAGUUAUUCAUGAAUAUGCAAAUAUGGCUACUUGUAUAUUCUUAACCUAGACAGACCUCUUUGCUACUUUGCAAUUAUUAUGUAUUUAGAGAAGAAAGACCAUGUUGCAGUAAUCGUUUAAAGUAAGAUGUAUUAAACAUUUUCAUACGUUGUUGGAGCAAA